CCUCAGACAUGGCUCCGUGAAGCGACACAUGGCAGCUAGUAGCCAUGAACCCAAAACACCUCUCGCCAAAAAUUGACUAUGUCUAAAUAGCAGCCGGUUUUCGUUUCUUUGGAAGCUAUUCCAACCCCUAAAGUAUUCACAGGUGCCGACCGACUGCCAGUCAUUGCCACGGGCACGACCGGUCUGAUUUUCUCUGCUACCGUUUUAAGUUUCCGUCUGUCAGAAGCGCAACAUGGGUGUUCAAGGUUUCCAAGAGUACAUUGAACAGCACUGCCCCAGCGCCGUGGUGCCGGUGGAGCUUCAGAAGCUGGCCCGCGGGAGUGUGGUAGGAGGCGGCCGACAGAGACCCCCCCACAGCCCGCUGCGGCUGCUGGUGGACGCCGAGAACUGCCUCCACCGGCUCUACGGCGGCUUCUACACGGACUGGGUCAGCGGAGGCCAGUGGAACCACAUGCUGGGCUACCUGGCCGCCCUGUCCAGCGCCUGCUACAACGGCAACAUUGAGCUCCUGGUUUGCUUCAACGGCGCCCUGGAGAAAGGCCGCCUUCACGAGUGGGUCAAGCGGCAGGUGAACGAGAGGCAGACCGCGCAGCAGAUCAUCAGCCACGUCCAGAACAAGGGCACCCCGCCACCCAAAGUCUGGUUCCUCCCUCCCGUGUGCAUGGCCCACUGCAUCCGACUGGCGCUGUUCAGGUUCCGUGUCGGGGUUGUCCAGAGCAUCGAGGACCACCAUCUUGAAGUUAUAGCCUUACGCCGGGAGAACGGCUUCCACGGCCUGGUGGCCUAUGACUCGGACUAUGCUCUGUGCAACAUCCCGUUGUACUUCAGUGCCCACGCCCUCAAAUUAAGUCGCAACGGCAAAAGCCUCACCACUAACCAGUACUUGAUGCAGGAAGUGGCACAGAAGCUCGAUCUCAACCCAAAUCGUUUUGUCAUCUUCGCAUCACUUCUAGGAAAUCACAUGCUGCCUGAUGAAGACUUGGCUGCCUUUCACUGGAGCUUACUUGGUCCAGAACAUCCUUUAGCUUCUUUGAAGGUGCGCACCCAUCAGCUCGUGCUCCCUCCCUGUGACGUUGUAAUAAAGUCUGUUGCUGACUAUGUCCGUAACAUCCCAGACAUCACUGACCUGGAGUCCAUCGCUAAGGACAUAUUUAAAUACUCUCAGUCAUGCGCUGAAGACAAAGUCCUCCGCUUCAUGAAAGCAGUGGAAUACUACUCGAUGGCCAGUAAACCCACUUGCUUCCCACCACAGUUAGCCAGACCAAAGCACAUGGCUGUGCCUGCUGCAGUGCCAUCUUCUAAAAUACUCAACAUUCCACAGGUGCUCUUGCCUGUAAAGAAUUGGGUCCAGGCCUCGCAUUCAGAGCCUGUGGAGCGCAGCGUGGACACGGCACAGAAAGGUCUGCCGGAGCAGAACAGCUUCAGCAACAUUCCUCCUGAUGGAAAGCACACACCGCUGUAUGAGAGGUCCUCCCCCAUCAACACGGGCCUGGCUGGUAGCCCCGGCCUUGAAGAGGCUGCUUUCUUUAACGCCUCCUCUACGUCGUCAUCUUCUGAGAAUGACGUGAGCUCCAGCUCUACUGCCAAUCAUGUCAGUGACUACAAGGGAGGCUGGAAAAAAAAUGUGCAUGCUCCUAACUCUGAACACGCACCAGAUGGAGACCUGGGACCCCAAAUACAACCGGACUCUGCUGUGAGCCCAGGGCUGCAACCUGAAUGUCUGAAGACACUGAGUUCCCAGAUUCCCUCCCUUCUGUCCAUGCCCACCAGGAACCACAUGGACAUCACCAUCCCACCUCUCCCCUCCGUGGCCCCCGAGGUCCUGCGGGUGGCUGAGCACAGACACAAGAAGGGCUUAAUGUACCCAUACAUCUACCACAUCCUCACGAAGGGUGAAAUAAAACUGUCCGUCACCAUUGAAGAUGAAGCCAACAAAGACCUGCCUUCAGCAGUGCAGCUGUUUCGGCCCAUCCGUCAAUAUGUUUACGGUGUGCUCUUCAGCCUGGCAGAGACUAGGAAGAAGGCCGAGAGAAUUGCCAUGAGAAGGAACUGCCCCCCUGAAUACACACAAGUCAUGGUCAAAGAGUGGGCCGCCUACAAGGGCAAGUCUCCCCACACCCCAGAGCUGGUAGAGGCUCUGCCUUUCAGGGAGUGGACCUGUCCAAACCUGAAGAAGCUGUGGUUGGGGAAGGCUGUGGAGGACAAAAACCGUAGGAUGAGGGCAUUCCUGGCCUGCAUGCGCUCUGACACUCCAGCCAUGCUGAACCCUGCCAAUGUGCCCACACCCCUGUUGGUGCUUUGUUGUGUGUUAAGGUUUAUGUUACACUGGCCAGGACUGAGAGUUUUGCGUCGUAACGAACUUGACGCUUUUCUAGCCCAAGCACUUUCUCCUAAACUUUAUGACCCUGGCCAGCUGCAGGAACUGAAGAUUGACAACCUGGACCCUCGAGGAGUCCAGCUAGCUGCUCUGUUUAUGAGUGGGGUGGACAUGGCUCUGUUUGCCAAUGACGCGUGUGGACAACCUAUACCCUGGGAGCACUGCUGUCCAUGGAUGUACUUUGAUGGCAAGCUGCUUCAGAGUAAACUCAACAGGGCCAACCGGGACAAGACCCAGCUCAUUGACCUCUGUGAUGGUCAGUCUGACCUGUUGGCCAAAGUGGAGAAGAUGCGUCAGAGCAUCCUAGAAGGUCUCCCCUUUACUCGUCCUCCUCAUCUCCCUCCAUUCCCUGCCCCGCCACCCCCUCUUCCUCACGGGAUGCCUUUCUACCCGAGUGCUGGCUGCUUCUACCCUACACCUCCUAUGAUGCCCCCUCAGAGAGUUAGAGCGGUGCCUGGAGUUCAGGGCAUCCCAUCACAGGGUGGGAAGCUGGAGAUUGCUGGCACUGUGGUGGGUCAGUGGGCUGGAACUCGACGCAGCCGAGGAAGAGGAGGCUUCCCUGUCCAGGUGGUCUCUGUGGGUGGACCGAACCGAGGUCGUCCUAGAGGAGUGAUUUCCACACCUGUCUUCAGGGCUUUUGGUCGAGGAGGCCGGUACCACACUUCAGCCUUCAGCAGUCAGGGAGUGUACCUGAGUAAGCCUGCUUAUGCUCACACAGCUAGAAACGACGUGACAAAGGAGAGAAUGAAGCCUGGGCCAGAGAAGAAGGCCUCAUGCGAGGCCUUGGCCACAGAGAAUGGUGUGGAGGACGUAGAGCCGGAGCAGCUGAAUGGAGAUGAGCAUGUAGCUCUCAUCCAACCUGAAAGUGCCUUUAGCAGUGACUCCAAGACGUGCAAUACUAAUCCUCACUUAAAUGCACUAAAUGUAGAUGGCAACUGCCAUAGAGAUGAAGGUCUGGAGGCCGUUGUCUGCAAAAGAGAAGCUUAAGCCUAUUUUUGUAGAACAGAUGAGGAAUAAAGAAGGAGCAGGGACAGGGAUAUCUGGAAAUGGGGAAAAUGGUCAAUGGACAUUUUUCCUCUCAGUACAAAGGAAUCAGGAUCCCUCAUAGUGGAAACAUGAAAUCCAUGACACACGGUUAGUACGAGGAGUCGUUCACUCCUGAAUCACCACAAUCCAUUAUUGUUUGAUUAGAAUCCUAUAGCUUUUGAAAGUCUUACGUUUGUGGCCAUUCACCAAAGUAUUUUAGUUCCUAAAGUUGAUGCUUCUCAGAUAUAUGGCACCAUUUACUCACCAUAGCACAGCUUACCGGUAUGCUGUUGUCACCGUAGCUGCUUGAUGAAUUGGCGUUUGCCGAUCCGUUGGAAUUUGGUUCAUAUUAAACAACUUUGUUCUCCAGCUGUAGUGCAUAUUUAUAGGAACUCCUCUGAAAUGAGACGCGUCGUCAGUGGACACAGAACCUGGAAUCAGGGCUGUCGUGUUACCGCUUCAACAGCAACCUUCUGCAUGGUUCACAUUUUAAGAGGUGUGUAGGUAUUAUGCAUGUCGUCCUUUUUCUAACAUCUUCAGUAUGGUGCCCAUCAACAAAUUCAAAAAAGCUACAAUCAGCAAUAAAUGAUAUUAACCACCAGUAACAAAUCUGUUCUGACAUUGACAUUUCGUGAUGUUGAUUUCUGUUACGUUUAAUUAAAAAAAAAGAUUCUUAUUUAGCCACCUUAAAGUAGUGUAUUUGUCCUAUCUAAUUCUCUGUUGCCGUUUUCUGCAAUAGUCAAACACAAAAAACGCUUUGAUCUAAAUGACCCCUUGAAGACUCUAGCUUUGGUUUUGCACUUGUACUACUUCUCUGCCACAAUAGUCGUUUAACAUUUCCACUAAAUACUCCUGAAGCUUUUCAUCUUUCAUUAGUGAUCAGAGAACUUGUGUAAAGGCCCCCAGUCACCAACAAGGGCUGAAUGGGUUACCUUCAAUGGAAGAUGAUCAGUCUCAGAACUGCAGUGGGUUUUGACUGAAUGCUGGCUGUGGUGUGUUUGAAGGCAACUUGGCUACAAUGCUUAAUAAAACUAUAUUCUUUUAGUAUGA